AUGUUUACUAAGCGGAACACAAGUUAUUUGCAAUCAUAUCAAUAUAAAAGCCAAGAUGGUAGUUUUCUAACUAAUUACUGUCCUUAUUGGAAUUAUCUGAAAGAGUAUAUUCCGGCUAGUGUUUCGCCUAAUGCAAUUACUUUAUUGGGAUUUCUAGUGAUGGCCGUUCAUAGUGUGGUGGUGGCUGUGGCUGAUCCGGGUUAUGAAGGACGAGUGCGGAUUUUACCGGCUAUUUCGGGCGUGGCCUUGUUCUUCUACAGUACUAUGGAUGCGUUGGAUGGUGUGCAAGCUCGGCAACGUGGUACGGGCUCUGCUUAUGGCCAGUUGUUUGAUCACGGGGUUGACUCGAUUGUUUGCACUUUGGUGGUUAAUUGUGUCUGUUCUGGGGUAGGUCUUCGGUCGAAGAAGGCUGUUUUAUUGUCUUUGGUGGCUUGUCAGACGAUCUUUUACUGGACGAGUGCUCAAGAGUACUACAAGAAGGUUUUUGUCUUGGGACUGAUUGGUCCGACGGAAGUGAUUUUGGGGUGCUGUGUUCUCCUGGUUUUAUUAUCGAUCUUUGGUCAGCCAACGGUGAUUUUCUUCCAACGAAGUCAUCCUCACUUAUUGGCACGGAUAGCAGUAAUUGGAAGUUUGUUGGUGGCCGGACUAGGUACGGCCUACUACGUAACGGAUAUUUAUUGGGGCACUGGAUUUUGGCUGAAGCGGGAGCCUGAUGCCUUGGGAAUGGCUAAGCGGUUGCUGCCUCAUGUCUUAUUUGUGGGCAUGCAUUUGGCCAUGAUAUACUCGGCUUUGAACUUAAGGAAAGUAACGGCCAAAGGCUUUUGGUCCUUCUUGGGUACCUGUACCUUGGCUUUCUCUUUAUUCACUAUCAUGACUAUUUACUCCCAUCAAUUGCAGGCGCCUUAUAUUGAAUCGCCCCUUAUUCUACCGGCAUUGGUCGGACUGAGUACUUUGGCCAUAUGCAUAGCACCGACUAAAGUGGUUAACUCAACCUUAUUGGUGCUCUUUAUCUUUGCACUUCUUAACUAUAUCUAUCAUACUCGAGCGAUAACGAAGGAGUCUUUAGAUGAGCUCAAUAUACCAUUCUUUAAUAACGUCCCUAGAAAGAAAGGCGUCUAA